AUGGACGCACACACCUCAUCACGACCGCGCAAACGCCGUGCUAUCAAUGCCUGUGCCAAUUGCCGGACGUCCAAAGUGCGCUGCGACGGAAAUCGCCCGUGCCAGCGCUGCGACAGGAAUGACGUUGCCUGCCAGUACUUUGACGCCGUCAAGGACGAAAAUGUACUGCGCAUCGAGAGGCUAGAGGCCGAAAUGGCGGCUCUUCGCCAGCAGCUCAGCACCAGACAAAUGCCAUGUCGGAAAACUAGCUCGUCUUCGGACCACCCCAGCGUCACCGUUGCAGACAUUACGCCUCGCUCCCCGCCCGAACGCAACGCAGUCGGCAGUGCCGUCGACGUUGGCUUCAUCACGUGGGAGCAGGCCGCUCGUUGGUUCCAGAGUUUUUUCUCCGGCAGCCAAUACUUGGUGCCCAUUUUCUGCGAGAGGUAUGACACUCUCACGUCCGUCUCCUCGCGAAGUGCAGUCCUCUUCGACGCCAUAGUCAGUAUUGGCUGCCGCGCUGAGGAAGGCUUCAACACAACCAUCUACCGCCAACUUCAGUCGCGGGUCCGCGACCACAUCAGCAAUCUGCUCAUCAAUACGAGCAUGCCCAGUGUGGAAGACAUACAAGCCAUUGCACUGGUUGCUGCAUACUCCGAAAACGGGUUUCUCUUGGUCGCAACGGCACUUCGUUUCGCCAUACAGCUUGAUUUGCCUCGAGCAGUGGAUCAGCUCAUUGCCAAGGGGCAUCCACGCUCCCGGCCUAUUAGUGGCGAUGAUCAAGAAUUGUAUCGUCUGUCCCGCGUCUGGCACGGCAUCUGCAACCUUGAACUCUUCUUCUCGCUCGAUGGGGGUAAGCUCCCGGGCUUGACCCUGCAUACCUCAUCUAGAAAGAUCAGAAGUCUUCUGAAUCAUCCCGAACGCACAGCUGUCGAUAUCCGGCUGCUCUCCCAGGUGGAGCUCAACCUGAUCCGCACAGAAGCAUACGCUAAGAUUGUGCGACGGAACGGCGAUGAUUUUCUGCUCCAAGAAACCGAAAGCCAAGUCCAAAGCACAGUCGAAAACACCUGCGUUGAGCUCUCUCUUUGGCUCGAGGAAUGGACUAACAUCGUCUUGGUCGAGCUUGCACCACAUCAGCGUGCCUUGGCAUUGCAAAACCUUCAUAUUCAACGCGAAUGGGCCAUGAUGACGUUACACCUCAAGGCAGUUGCAUCUUCUGGUAUCGAGAAUGUUGCCUUUAUGACCGAGUUCCAGAGAGACUUUAUACGCAAAGCCAAAGAUGCAGCCAGUCGACACCUACAGUACAUGCUGCAGUCGUAUACGUCUACCCCAGACUCCUCACCAGCAUCAUCGACCCACACGAUUGGAUCGACAUAUCUCAGUACCUUCAGAUGGACUCUUGAUUAUGUUUGGGCAAAGUGCGCCGUUUCGGUUUUGCUUGUUCUGAGACUGGCUAUCCUUCUCCGCGAUCCUGCCGCCUCCGUCAUGGCGCUUCUCCGCGACGCCCACCGAGUAUUGGAAGAGCUCAAAACGGUAACCGUAGGGCAUAUAGCUUGCUUCCAGAUCCUUCAGACUAGCAUUGAGAAGUGCGAGGCUGCAUUGCGGGAAUAUUCUGUCGAGCAGAAUCAUGCUUUGGAGACCAUGGCCGCGUCCCAGAGAGGCGGAGGCGCUGCCGAAAGCGAAUUCCAAGGCUACGUACCACGCGAGUUUAUGUUUGAAUGGGACUUCCCGGGGCUCAAUCUCAAGCAUAUGCCUGUGGGAUGGCAGGAUUUGUUUGUCAAUAUCGACAGUCUUUUCUGAUCUUGACGAGCAAAAUGGGAC